AUGGGAGAUGGAGGCUUUUUCAAGGGUACGAGUUUGGAGCAAGACAGCCGAUUUUCUGAUAAACAGAAAAAAUUAUUGAAGAGUAUGAAUUUUCCCUCAGAGUUCAAUUUAAAGGUUGACUUGAAAAAAGUGAACUUAAAUGUUAUUAGGCCGUGGGUCGCGCAAAAAAUCGUAGAGUUAUUGGGUGGUGAAGAUGAAGUAGUCGUCAAUUAUGUGUUUGGAUUAUUAGAAGAACCAGAUUUGGAUCCAAGGAUGAUGCAAAUUAAUCUUACCGGCUUCUUGGAAACAGACGCACCAAUUUUUGUUACAGAAUUAUGGCAAUUACUUUUAUCAGCUCAGGAAGGUGAAAAUGGUAUUCCAGCAAUUUUUCUUGAACAAAAAAUGGAACAGAUUCGUAAGAAGCAGGAAGAGGAUGAACGAAUUCUAUUAGAAAUUCGGAAAAGACGUGAAAAAGAGGAGGAGGAAAGGACAAAACUGCGAGAUGUAAGAGAAAGAGAGCGAAGGGAAGAACGUGAAAGAAAGGAACGUGAACACAGAUCGAGCCGUCACCGUAGUAGAAGUAGAGAUGAAAUUAGACGGCCUCGCAGAAGUUCACGACGGAGAUAUAGUCGCAGUAAAAGUGAAGAAGACAGGCGACGACGUUCCCACAGGAGGAGUAAUAGUAGAAGUAGGGAUCAUAGUAGGAAUCGUGGUGGAGAUCAUAGUAGGGAACAUCGAAGACAUAAAAAUAAUAGGCAUUCAAAAGAAUCUAUAGAUAGAAAUAGUCACGUAUUAUCUCCCAAAAAAAAUAAUCGUAAAGAUGUUGUAGUUACAGAUGAUGAUUUAAAGAAAAGGACUGUUGAAUUAGUAGAAGAUAAUAAUACUACUACACCAAAUUCGCCCAUUCGUAAAAAAGUAGUAGAUGGUCCAUAUUUCAAAUCCAAGUGGAACGAUGAUGAAGAUGAAGAAGAAAGCGUGGAAAGCAAAAAGAAAUCUAAUUCCGAUCUUGAACAACUCGAACAACUUCGUGCUAAAGCAUUUGAAUCGAUGAGAAAUCGCAAGUAA